UUUAAGCUUCUUUGAUGUUUGGAGAGGAAAGGGAAUUAUUGGAAAAUGUUUUUGUUGCCUCUUAAAGAUAAUUUAUCUUAUAUAAAAUGCUUUCCAAGGCUGGAGACUAAAGGUGCAUCUUUGACUGGGUAAGAGUAGUAUAAGAGAGGGAAAGUCCUUGGUGGUUUUGUGGAUACAUCAAUAUGUAUUUUUCUCCCUAAAUAUGCAAGAAAACAAGGAAGAUAAGUGGAUCAUAUCACAGAAUGACAUGCAAUUAAUUUUAAAAUUAGCGUUUUCAUUCACAGCAGUCACUGAUGUGGUUUGACACGCUGCAACAUUUUUAUCUGCCCCUUUCUAAAAGUAAGUUAUUGAAAUACAUUCUGAACUUAUAAAAAGCAGAUGGAACCAGAUCAUAAGUGUCCUUAGCCAGCAGGAGUGUUUUUUGGAAGGCUUUUUGUUUCCUUAACUAACCAGUUAGUCCACAAUAGGUGCACCCUGACAGUUCUGGUGGAGGAGAGGAGGCAGCACCAAGGGGGGCUGAUGCUCUGGGGGUGCAAGAAAGGAACGUGUGUGUCAGGCUCAGUCCCUACUUUUUGUGAAGAAACAGAGUCCUCAGCACCUUCUGAAUGUUUAAGAAACCUCAUUUCUUCUCUCCUCCUCACUUUUAUUCUGUGUUGUGUGUUUGGGUUUUGGCAGAGGAACUUCUUUGCUCAGGGCAGCUCUUGUGCUCUUAGUGGGAGAAAGGGGGAAUGAGCUGCCAGAAUUCCUUUGCUGGGGAGAUACUUUAAAACACCUGGGGUUUCUCUUUUCAUAAAUUCAAGCCUGAGAAGCCCAGAUCUCUUUGGCUGGAGAAGCUUUAUUAGAAGAAGCUUUAUUUUAUGGGGGGAGGAGGAGGAGGAGCUGCUGCUCCUACCUGGCUGUGCUCUGGUGCUGGGCAAGGGAAAUAAAGAUACUGGAAACAGAUGUUCACAGGGAAUGUUGUGGAAGAUACAGGAAAUCCCUCCUGAUAUGCUGAGCAGCUUGGGUGGAGGUCAGGCCAUGGCAGAGCUGUGUGUGAGGCUGUGCCCACCACUGAAAUGCAGAAUUUGGCAAGCAGGGAACAAACUGCAUGUGGUUUGUCUUUGUGUGACGUGUUCAUUAGCUAAAGGGGUGCAGUCCUAGUUAGGAAAAGCAAACCCACAAAAUCUGGAGUUUGGUUUUCUCUGGAAGCAGAUUUGGUUUUCUCUGGAAGCAGGUUUGGUUUUCUCUGGAAGCAGGUUUUCCCCUGCAGCAGGUCCUCAGACAGCACUGAAGUUGUACAUUGAAAUGGUGUCCACACACAAGUAAUUCAUGCUUUGCUCUUCAUCCCAUUGGAAAUUCGUGUUUUUUCCAGCUGGUGGUUGAAGGGGGAAGACUUGGUUGACCCUGUCUGAGGUGGGAGGUUGGACUGGGUGAUCUCCAGAGCUCCCAUCCCACCUCAGCAUUCCUGUCAGUCUGUUUUCCCUUUCCCACACUUGAACUCAGGCUCUCAUUGAGGGCUGGGGUGCAGCAGACUGGGAGUUCCUCCCUUGUCCCCCUGCUCAUCCAUGCCUGGUUCAGAGUGGCCCCUUUGCAGAUGGGAGUUGGAGGCUCUGACAAAAUGCAAAUCCUUUAUUUCUGGGAUAUACUUCUGGGAUUAUUUCUGGAAUAUCAGCAAAGGGAACGGGGCAGACUUGGAGGAUUGCAGCGGGGUUUCAUGUCGUGGCUCUGGGUUUAUCAGUUGCUUGAGGCCUUGAAAUGGGGAUUUAUGGAGUUGCUCCAUGUGAGCAGCUGAGUCUGUUCCAAAAGAGGCUCCUCUGGUGUGAAGGACGUGUGCCAGGAUGCUGCUGAGAUAAGGUGGUGUUGCAGUUUUCUCUUGGAUUUUGCUUAGUUGAAGCAAGAUUUUCUCUUGAAAUUUGCUCCAUGGGCCAAAUGAAUCAGUAGUGCCUCUCCCCUGCCUUAAAUUUGGCCCUGAACACAGAACUCCUGCACUCUGGCUGUGCUGGGCCCCUCUGCAUCGAGCCAUGGGUGAAUUAUCCCAACCCAAACUGGGAUCAUUCUGGAUCCCGGUUUUUAAACACACCCAUUUUUAUUUUGUGUUGCAUUUUCUACGACGAAACUUUUUAUUGCCUCUGCCUCCCCAGGGUGGCAGCUCUGCCACGCUUGGCAACGUGCAAACAGCACGUUCUGAAUCCCAGAAAUUGCCUUGCUUCCUUUGGACACAGGCUUUGGAAGCAUCAGUCCCAUCUGGGAGCUCCUGUUGUUUGAGUGACUUAUGAACCACCUCAGGCUUUGGCAGAGGAGAGUCAGGAGAGCCUGUGUGCACCUCAGCCUGCCCAAUGUCAGGCUUUUCCUGCUUUGCUUUUUCAUUUCUACCAAUAACCAGCCCUUUCCAGCCUGUUCUUGUCCCAGCUCCCAGAGCAAAGAGGAUGCCAGGCUGUUCCAAACAGAAGGAACAGGAAGAAGAUGUUUCGUGCCUAAAAACCUGUCAGGUUUGGUUUUUUUUUUUUUUUUGCAAUUGUACCAGUUGGUCUCAGUAACAGCAUCUGGUUCCAAUAUCCCUCACUGAUAAGGACAUCUGUGGUUGUGAAAUGUUCCUGGUAAUUCAGGACUCAUGGAAGUGUCUCAGUUGACUCCCACAGUUGGUGUUUGCCACCUCCAGAGCUUUCCCUGGGGUCUCCAACACCCAUCCAGCAGAAGGAGGGUUACAGAGUGCCUUUGGAGCUGGACCUGGUCAGCCAGCUCUGCCACCAGCCUGGGGCCUCAGAGAGGUUGUUUCUCUUCCCCCUGCCUUGAUUUCUUCUUUGGCCAAAAGCCCUCAGGGGUGCCAGGGGUGAUCUGUGGGCUGGGCAUUGCAGGGCUGGGGGUUCACAGCUCCCCAGGGACCUCAGGGUGAUCCAUGGGCCGUGGGUUCCCAGCAAGGCUGACGCCUGGAGCGCUGCCCAAGGGCCUGUUUAACAUUUCUGUGCCUCCCCACGGAUAAAAGAGCCUUUUGUGCUGACAGCUGGGAGCUGAGGAGGAGGCUGCAGCCCUGCAGUGUGUGUGGGUGUCCAUGAUGUGCUGCUGUGACCGUGACCCCGUCCUGGACACGCGGGUGUCCGUCGUGCUCGGGGCUCUGCUCCCAGCCGGGCUGGCCCUUCCACAGCAGCCCUGCUGUGACCAUGUACCUGCAUUUCUACAGUGGCCACUUGGAGGUUGUUCAUUACAGGGAUUUGAGUCUGGAAUUUCACAGGGCAAGGAGCUGCCAGGCAUCACAGGAAUUACCCCCCCACGAGGGCACGUCCUGCGUGUGCUGCGCGGCGUCCCCAGUGCUCGUGGCAGAGGUGACGGGGAGCUGACCUGUGCCAUGGAAUGACUUCCCAAGGAAAACAUCUGUGCUCCUGAGCUGGGCACAGGAUCAAGUCUGAGGGUGGGGCUGAGCCAGGGAGCCAAAGGUAAGCAUUCCCUUGCAGCCAAGUGCUGGCAUCACAGGGCUGAUGGCCGUGUCCUCUUCGGGGGACAGCCACAAUCCCCAGAGCAGCAGUGCAGUUAAUUUAUUUCAUGGUGAACAGAAGGUCCUGUUUCUUCAGGAAGCAUAAAUUUUACAGGUUUCCCUUGUGUGUGAACUGCAAUUGUAGGAGCAGACCCUGAGCUGGGGCACGUGGAUGUUGCUCUUUGGACCUCAAUGGCAUGGCAGUCACAUGUUCCAGAGCAUCCUGGAACUCAAGGAAAAUGGGAAAGGAGCAGCACUCGGUGUUAUCCCAGUGAGAGUUUGCAAAGGGCAACUUAGGAACACCAAAACUGGCCUUUCUGCAUCAGCAGGGGGUUGGUGUUGGUAGGGAAGACCCAAUUUGUGUCCCAGAGUGAAGGCCACAGUAGAGCUGCUGAUGUUGGAGAUGUGGGCAGGGACGUGGGGAGAGCAGGGCAGGGGGAGGCAGCUGGAAAGCCACCAGGAGAUAAAAGAGUGGUGGGUUCCAAAAUGAGCAAAGAGCCUCUUCCCUGCCUGAGAGAUCAACACCUUCACCUGGGGAGCAAGAACCUGCCCUGGGGAUGCUGGUCCUUCACCACCAGCUUAAUAACCCAACACUCCUGACACUCCCCUGUGAGAUCAGGGAAUGGGAUCCCUGUUCCCAGGUGAGAUCCUGUAAAAGGGGAGAGGAUUUGGAUCGAGAAAGGCAGGGAACUGAUUGUCCUUGGGGUGUUAAAGCUCUUUAAAACAUUUUAACAGCAGCUUGGAUGCAUCCAGCUCCCACACACACCCCCAGAGGAGCCCAGGGAAUUCUCUAAAGAAGCCCAAAGUACCUUUAAAACCACGAGUGAUCAUUUUAUAACCAUCCCAGAGUGAGGAAGCUCAGGUUAGCCCCCUUUCCAAAGGGCUGCUCUGGAGGCAUGGAUUGGGCUGCAGCCAGCUUCCCUGGGGGGAGUCGAUGGCAGGGUUGUUUAGGUUGGAGCUGCUGGAGACGUUGACAGAGAAAAUGUUUUCUGUUCCCACAGAAAGAAAUCCUGCUGCAGAGUUUUUACUGAGCAAAAAGAAAUGCUUGUGCUAAAAAAAAAAAAAGGGGGGAGCUGUGGCCAAAGCAGAACUGAAAUGCAGAGAGCACUUGGGAAAGAUUUGUUAAGCCCCAGAACUUUUGCUUGCCACGAGCAAGAGUCUCCCUGCACACAUUGCUUAAAUUAAUUUACCUCUGCUUUAAGGAGCUUUAUUUUAUUAACUUUAAUGUUUAUAAAAACAACCAUCUGAGAUGCUGUUAAACUUUGAAGAUACCUAAAAUAAAGCCAGCCUGGAAAACAGCCAAAUUGGGUGAGAGAACACCUGAAAAGAGAGAGGAAAGCCAUAAAAUUGCUGGGGAGGGCUGGGUGCAAACAGUGAAGCUGGGAAGGGACCUGCAGGGGGGCUCAAAUAGUCCCAGCAGGGCUGAGUGCCUGGUGCUGCUGGUACCUGGGGAUUAGAGCAUCCUCUGCAGGGCUCUCCCAGCACCUCUGGCAUCCAGCCUGGGGAGGAAGGUGGGUGAGGCUUCCUGGGAGCACCCACACAGUGCUGGAGCCGCUGUGCUGGCCACGGGAGGGUGGGGGUGGCACUUUGGUCACCUUGACAAGCUGCAGCCCUGAGCACAAAGGCCUGUUGUGAGCUGUGUUUGGAAGCCUUGGCGAGUGAAAGCCACCCCUGGAGGGGAUGAAUCCUCCUCCUAAGGAGCAGCUUUGCUGCCCAACCCUCUGUGGGCAAUCAGUGCCUGGUCCAGCUGGGCUCCUGCUCCAGCUGUGAGAGGAGAGCUGGCAGGAUCCCCCAGCCCUGUGCUUCGUGGGGCUUCAUUGUUCAUUUAGGAAAAGAGGGGAAAGAACCAAAACCAAGAAACCCCAACAAAACAAAAAAACCAAACAAGAACUCACCUCUUUUCUUGAAAAGCCCUUCCACCUCUCACCCCAAAACCCCGCAGCUGCCCCACCACUGCCCAGCCAGGAUGGUGAUGUCUGUUGUGAGCUGGGACAUGGAACAGGGUUUUAACCUGGCACAUCAGUGCAGGGGGAAUGGGGAGGAGCUCAAACCAUCAGUCCCAGCUGGGAACAAGUAGCUGGGUGCCUUCCCCACUGAUCCAUCAGCACUGGGAUGCUGCAGCACGUCAGGAAACUCGUACAUUUGUGUCUCUUUGCAGGGCCAUUCCUCUGGCUGGGUUUGCUCCUUAUGCACUGGCUUCUUUUUUUCUCUUAAAAAACAGCAUAAAAUACUCAUCAGUUACUGGUCUUGGAUUUUAGGGCAUUUGCAGCUUCUCCCUGCCCUCACAUCUCACCCCACGUCACUCCCUGGAGCUCCCCUGUCAUGGGAUGUCAGGUUGGGGGAGCAAAUCCCUUUUAUUACAGACCAGACACUGUCAAGAAAUAAUCAUCCCAAAAUAGAAAGUCUGAGUUGUUGAAAUGAUCCAGCUCAGCAGUGAGCAGGGCUGGGUGGAGGGGCUUUCCCAGCUCUUCCCACACUUUAUUUAUGCCUAUGCUUUUAUAUGUAGUGAAAUUUAACCCCUGGGGACAUGUUAAAGGCUUUAAACAUGUGCUCUGUUGGACCAGAGGUAUUUUUGCCAGAUCUAAAACGAUCUUCAAGAUUUUUCCUCCCUGUGCUGCCUGUCAAGGAGGGAGGGCAUCAGCAGAGAGAAACCCAGGGGCUUUUAUUGGCAGCUGUGGGUCAAGUGUCUGCUCUUGUUCUGGGCUGAGAGGGCUCUAAAAAAAUGCAAAUUUUUUUGUUAAUCCCUUGUGUUCAGUUCUCUGAGUGCCCCAGGACACGACACACAGCAACACGUGGUGAGCUGCAAGACGUCGUGGCUGGACAGAAAGCAGGUGAGGCUGGGGGGAAAUGUGCAGAACAAGCACUUUGAUGCCUCUGCAAAGCAUCAUCCCAGUCCCCAUCCUGAUGCACUGGGCACCUGGUGUCCCUUAUCCUGUGUGGAAAGUGUUUGGUGCCACCACAGUGGGAUUCACCUUCCCAGGGCUUGGCCGAGCCCUGCUCCCCAUCCCAGGGGGGCUCCAGAGCAUCCCUUUCCCAGCCCCACCAGCUGCAGUGUCACAUUUCAAUCCUCUCUGAAUCAUUUCAAGACACAGUUGCUUUUUUAAAUACUCUUCAAUGUCAUCUUUUUUUUCCCCCCCUUUUGUGUUGUCCAUGGAUUUCCUUACUCCAGGCCGUGGCUCGGCAGCGCUUCCUUGGGGUGCAGCAGCCGGAGGGAGGGAGAAGGAUGCUCCAAGAACGCCCACUCAAAACCUAAUGGGAACCAACUGCUUCCUCCCAGCAGGUUUGCUCCUUCCUCACCCAGCAAAGCCCAGAAACCCUCCCCGAAUGCUGCUGCCCCCUGCCCACACCCAACAUCCCUGAAUGGGCUGGGGGAUGGAAACACUGCUUCAGGCCAAUGACAACAUUUUCCCUUUUCCUGUGCAGCAUCCUGCCCCCAGGCAUGGGAUCAGCAGGCAGUUGCCUCUUUCCCAGCCCAGUGGGGCUGCUCUGAGCAGGACAGGCCCCUCUGCCUGUGUGUCACCACCCAGGGGAGACCCCAGCAGUCGAAGCCACCGGAGAAGGCAGCUCAGACACUGGGGGUGUUGCACUGGAAAUGGCCCUAAAAUGUUCCUCAUUCUCCAAAAAGCUGAUGGAGGGCAGGCAACUCGUCCCUGCCUGGUGCUGGGGUUGUCCCAGCCAUGCCAGCUGCCUGCAGCAGGAUCAUUGCUGCCCCAUCUGGGAAACCACCAGCUUUGGUGGGAGGAGAUGGGAUGUGCAGCCUCAGAGUGUUCACCCCAAAACCUAUGAGUGACUCUUCAAAUGCUGCUUCUUACAUGAUUCAGCCUCCCAGUGCUGCUUCUUCCUCUUUGGACUCUGCAUUUUGAGCUUUUCCCAGUCUUUUCCCCUGCCUUUCCACAGCUUCAGCGCUGGAGCCUUCGCUCUAGUGCCAACUGAGCUGGUUGGAUCAGGCCAGGAGCGGAGGCUCCAAGGAAAACCAUAAAUAUUGUGGGCCCAGUGAUGAAGCAGGGAGCUGGCAGGAGGGGAGGGAGGCUGAGGAUUCGGCCUUUUCUGCUGGAGCCUCAGCAGAGCCCAAUAGUUAAUCAUUAAAAUAUGCUUAUGUGUAACUAAUCUCCGCAGGACAAUGAACUGAGAAAUUAUUUAAUGCAAUUUAAAUGGGUCAUAGUAGUUGCUAUAAUAAGUGUGUCCCGAGCCAAUGGGAGCCAUCAGGCUCCUAUAAAAGCGGGUGGGGAAGAAAUAGCAGCUGGUGGGAAGAGCUCACCAAAGACCCGAUGCGUGUCCUGAGCUGCCUCCGGCCCUGCCGAGGUCCUCCCGGUCCGCCCCAAAUCAGGCUCGAGCUCCGGGCUGAGCCCUUCUUCAGACACUGGUGAUCCCUGUCAGUGGGUGCAGGGGGAUCUGCCUGGAGCAGGCACUCCAUCCCAUGGGGAUGGGAACCGCCGGUUUGGGUCUAAAAGGAUGAAAUCCAGCAGUGCCAUCAGUGCCACCUUAAUUUAUUUUGGAGGAUUCCCGUGGCAUGUGAACUAGGAGAUAAUUCGGACUAGAAGGUCUCGUUGUUUUGAAGCCACACAGCCUUUCCCAAAAUGGUUGGGAAGCUCAAGCAGAACUUGCUGCUGGCGUGCCUGGUGAUCAGCUCGGUGACGGUGUUCUACCUGGGCCAGCACGCCAUGGAGUGUCACCACCGCAUCGAGGAGCGCAGCCAGCCCGGCAGGGCGGAGAGCGGCGUCAGGAGCACGGCGGGAGCCGCUCCCGGCGGGAACGCCAACAGAACCUUGGCCUACAACAAGGACAUGCCUUUGAUUUUUAUCGGGGGGGUCCCUCGCAGCGGCACCACCCUGAUGCGGGCCAUGCUGGACGCGCACCCCGACAUCCGCUGCGGGGAGGAGACCCGGGUGAUCCCGCGCAUCCUGGCCGUCAAGCAGAUGUGGGCGAGGUCGAGCAAGGAGAAGAUCCGCCUGGACGAAGCCGGAGUGACGGAUGAGGUCCUGGACUCGGCCAUGCAGGCGUUCCUGCUGGAAAUCAUCGUGAAACACGGCGAGCCCGCGCCGUACUUGUGCAACAAGGAUCCCUUUGCUCUAAAAUCCUUAACUUAUCUUGCCAGGAUUUUCCCCAAUGCCAAAUUCCUUCUGAUGGUACGGGAUGGCCGUGCAUCUGUGCAUUCCAUGAUAUCCAGGAAAGUCACAAUAGCUGGGUUUGACCUGAACAGCUACAGGGACUGCUUGACCAAGUGGAACCGUGCUAUAGAAACCAUGUACAACCAGUGCAUGGAGGUUGGGUUUGAACGGUGUAUGCUGGUGCACUAUGAACAACUUGUGUUGCAUCCUGAAAGGUGGAUGAGAACUCUCCUUAAGUUUCUCCGCAUCCCAUGGAACCAAGCGGUGCUGCACCAUGAGGAGAUGAUUGGGAAGGCAGGGGGUGUUUCUCUUUCCAAGGUUGAAAGAUCUACUGACCAAGUGAUCAAGCCGGUCAAUGUGGAAGCACUGUCCAAGUGGGUGGGGAAGAUCCCUGCUGAUGUUCUGCAAGACAUGCCUGUGAUUGCCCCCAUGCUGGCCAAGCUGGGCUAUGAUCCAUAUGCCAACCCACCAAACUAUGGAAAGCCAGAUCAGAAGGUUGUGGAAAACACGAGGAGGGUCUAUAAAGGUGAAUUUCAGCUUCCUGACUUCCUUAAAGAAGUGCCACAGCCAAAGAAGACAGUAGAAAGGAAGUCUCGUGGCAAGAUAAAAUGAACGUGGAUCAGUGAAGUCAAAUAGCUGUAGUACUGAACCUAUGGAAUAGAAGAUAAAAUGGACAUUUCUUGCACAGAAGGAAAUCGACUGCUGCCUUUUCCAUGGGAAUGAUCCAUAGGGCCUGUCCCCCCGGGAUCAGGGAGGUGCUGCUCAUGGCCUGCUUCCUUCACAAUUUCCUCCCAUUUCUUUCAUACUGUUUUUGUUCAGAAUUUUGCUGUUGUGAGUGCAUGUAAAGCCUGUUAAAGAAAAUAAAAACACUGAUGUUGACGUACAACUGCAUUACAUUCGCACAACUAUUUUUUUAAGGUUUAAAAAAAAAAAAAAGCAAAGCAAUGAAUCUCUGAAAUUGCUCUUCUGUCUUAAUAACAAAGCUCCAUCUUCAAAGAUUUUUGUUUGUUUCUUGUAGCAGUUUGGUUUUAAAUGUAUGAAGCUUUCAAGAGUGGUCUGUGCUUGUCCUAAAAGAUUGCUGGUGCAACAGUUUGUCUGUUUUAUUCAUAUGUGGAAAUUGUUAAAUAUCUUUUAUUUAAAAAAAAAAAGUUGAUAAAUUACAUGUAUAAUUACAAUUCAAUGAUCUUUUGUAUUUU